UUCUGUCACUUGUUUCAGUCACCCGCUUUUUGGCAAAAUUUUUAUUUUGCGUGCGGUCUGCAGUCAGUUUACGAAAAACGAGCACAGAUGUUACUGGAGUAAUGGAACAAGAACAAGGUGACAAAAUAGUUCAUGAAAUUGAGGAAACCUUCUUUGAUGUAGAGCCUUUUAGUGCUCUUGAAGAACCCCUUCAAAAACAGUCAGAAGCUGGUUCUGAAAUGAACAUAGAAUAUGUUACCAGUGCAAAUGUGGAGGAUGGAGUAAAAUCAAACUCAUUGCAGGCUGAGGGUGAUACUGUGGAUGCAGAUGACAAUACUAAUGUGGAGGGUGAUAGUGUAGAUGCUGAUAAAGAGAGUGAUUUAGACAAAGGUGAUUCUGACGAUUGUUUUGAGGAUGAAGUUUCAGGGCGAACAGUUAUUGCCAAAUUCGGAGAUUCUUCAAAGAUGUCAUCACAAAAAACCAUGAUACAACCUUCAGUUACUGAAACAGAAACAAAGUUGGGGGAGCGUGUAUUUACAUGCUCCUUGUGUGCAAGAUGUUAUAAAUGUAAGAAAAGUGCCGAGUAUCAUAUAAAAGUGCAACACAAAGCAUAUAGUUUGUUCUGCCAAGUUUGCGGCAAAACGUUUAAACUUCGGUACGAUUUAGAUCGACAUCUUAACGUGCACAAGGGAAUUCGACCCUUCCCAUGCCCAGAGUGUGAUAAAUCAUUUGUGUGCAGAUCCAGUCAAAUGCGACACAGGAAGUUGCAUCAUUUGAUAGGAGACAUUUAUAAAUGCCAUAAUUGUGAUAAGACAUUUCGUGCCGAGACAGAUUUGAAAAGACAUUUGUUGACCCACACAGGGGAGAGACCUUGGUCUUGUGGCCUUUGUUCAAAAUCGUUUGUGAGCAAAUCGAGUUUAAAAGUACAUGAAAAGAGCCAUGAUGACUCUCAGAAGUUUUCUUGUGUGGUGUGUCAUAAAAUGUUUCAUAUAAAAACUGAUCUAACAAGACAUGAAAGUACUCAUACUGGGGAUUUGAGAUGGGAAUGUGCCAUUUGUCAAAAGAAAUACUCCGGAAAAUCAGCUGUAAAAAGACACAUCAAAGAUAGUCACAUAUUCGGAAAGGUGAAGUAUCGUAAGAACAUGAAAGUUCAAGAUUUGUUGGAGUCAAUUACGGAAAGCAGUAUUGACUUGAAGGGAUUUGAUGCAUUUGCAAAAUAUAAGGAAGAUAACUCUGUUGAAAACUUGUUAAAGGCAGUAGAUUCAUUCGUUAUAUACAAGGGAGAUAACAAUGAUUCUGAGACAACAAAUGAAUUGCAAUUCAAGGAAGACAUCUCUGCUUAACAACUUCUGGAAGAUAGUUUAAGGAUGAGAAAGAUGAAGAUUGCAAGUUUGUGUAAUACAAGGAAGACAACUGUACUGAUGUCUGAUUUUGUUUUACAGUGCAAGGGACUGUGGGUUUGUAUGUGUAGUAUUCUUAGUGUCAAUGCCUAACUUGGUGCAAGCAAGUGACCAGUUAAUCUAAAAUGUGAGUAAUUUGUUAAAUUAUUGAUACAAAUUUAUGUAGUUCUGUUGAAAGUUCAGUAACACUAAUUUAUGUUAAAAAGUGAUGCAGUUCUUGCUCAGAAAUAGUUCCAGUGAUUUUUUUCAGUUUUGGGGGAAGGGGGUCUGUGCCCUUUGGAGGGGGAAAAAUUCAACGUAAAACUAAGAAAAGGGGAAUUUUCAUUUGUGUUGAAAUAAACUAUAGUUUCAAGUUUAUUGAUAAAUUCAGGGCCCAUAAGAGCAUCUGACAUGACAUAUAACACAAUGUAGCAUAUCAAUACCAGAUAACCAAAUAAAUUUUUCAAAUGUGGAGGAUAAGACAUCCAAUAGACUACCAAAAUUUACAACAGACAUUAGGUCCCUUCUUAAACAAAUCGGUGAGUGGCUGUUUUUGAGUCAGCUAAACGAUGUAAUCGUUUUGACGAGUCCUUGCUAUCCAGCGAUUCUCUAAGUCUAAAUGGACCAAAUAACACAGUGAAGAUUUCUCAAACUUCAAACAGUUCACUGCAAGAAUGAAGUUAAGUUGCGUGAAUUCCCUUUGCUAUGACCAAUAUACGAUGUAAUCUGUCAUAUUUAUGACUUGUAAUUGUGCAAUACUCGAAUGUAACUCAUUAAGCAUAAAUGUGCAUUUUAUGAAUUGCGCAGGCUUACAAAGCUUGCGUAACAUCCAGCGAAAGACAAAAAAUAGUUCCACAGGGCUCCAGAUAAGAUGCGUAUUAGCGUAAAUUACGUAUAGAAAUAAUGCAAAUACGCAUGUCUAAUAAUUUCUAAACGUAUAUAAAAUUACAGAAAUGCACACAAUGCUUUUUAAAAAACAAAAUCUGAAUCGUCUGGAUGCGUUAGGUAACAUAGCCGAUCCCGAUCAGCCUUAAUUCUCCCACAUUGAACGUAUACACGCAUCGUAUGAUUUCUAUAAACUUUGCGUGGGUUUCUACACACACACAUGGAUUUUGCAGUAAGUAAACGGAUAAAUUAUCGGAAGAAGAAGCUCUUACUGGUUUGUUUAGUUACUACAGAUAUUAAAAAUGAUUUUAAUUCUUAUUUUUCGAGAAAUAAACAAAUCGGCGAAACAUUAAAUUGUAUUUUCUUGUAGUUUUUGAAAUCGAAAGUAGAUCGUCUAUGUUUGGCGAAAAAAAAACACUUUUUUAUGAAAAGAUUUAAAUAAGAGGUAAUUUAACCGUAAACUUCAAUGUCAGAUACUGCCAAUUGCUGCUAAAUGUCUUCGUAUCAUCACAAUUUGUAAAAUAUAUUGUUCAAACUGGAGAAAAGUGUAAUCGUAUCCGGAUAUAAUAUUUUGGGUAAAUAUCGAGCUGUGUUAUGAAAUUUUAAGAAAAAAAAACUAAAAACAAACUGAAACUGGUAGACUAUACUGUCAGUACAUCAAUCAUUAGCCGACUCAGGCCAUUCAGGCCUUUGAUUUUAUUUGUGUCAAAGUCUGACAUUUGCAGUCACUGUUACAUUUGACCUGUCACAAUAAAAACAAACUGUAAAAAACAAUGUAUGCAUUGGACUAGUCCCUUCCCAAAGCAUAAAAUCAAACCCUGACUGACUAGAAGAUGGAAAACUCAACACUACCUGGCCAAACAAACAGAAUGCAAAUCAUUUACAGACUAACAUUCAACAGCGUUGUUGUGCAGAAUAAUAAAGCGCUUCGAUGAUUCUGAUUUAUCAAGGGAAGUUACUCCAACCGGUGUCGAUGUAAACAAAACGCGAGAUACCGCGGUGAACUGUUUUCUAUAUGAAAAUAAAUAAAAUAAACUAGUGAAUUAUGAUUUAAUUGAUUGGAAUUUUUUUUUAUUUUCAGAGGGGAAUUUUAGGCAUCGGAAAGGGGAAAAAAAUAUACUAUUUUGAGGGGGGAAUGGGGCCGAAUUUCGCCGAAUAUUUUGGUGAAAAAAAACGCUGAGUUCUUUUAAGGUAAAUCCUGAGCUAACACCGUCAGGGAAAUAAAGGGAGGUAAUCACAACUGCGGAUUUUAUAACACUUCCACUAUGUUGAUUAAAAACUCAAACAGGUUACAAUGUCAGGGCUCACUCUGGCGAGAGUCAGGUUGUAGUCGGUACUUUAGCCAAAUUAGAAAAAUGUGUAGCCAAAUUGUUAUCAUUGUAGCAAACUAUGUUGCCGCAAAUUUUUUUCUACUAUGAUGAGUUCCAUCGUUAAAGAAACUAAAUAAUAGAUUAACAAUUAUUUUAAAAUUCUUAUUCAAAUAAUCUAAUCUACAUACAAGAUACCAGCAUAGAACACAAAAAAUAGCACAGUAUUAAUUAUAGCACAUCAUCAGCAAGCUUACAUUUGUAUUUCUUCUGUCUUUUUGUAUAGCACUAACACAUUCACAUAUCUAGUUUAAAAUCCUUAUGUUCUUUUUCAUUGCCUAUACACUAAAUGCUUUGGAGUAUGCAUUUUAGUGUCCUGAAUCUGGUCCAUUAAUUGCAGUAUACAUCAGUAGGUUACACACAAGCAAUAUGUCAGAGAUGGACUUAUUACCACCAAGUGAUUUUGCUUGAAUUUUAGGAAACUUUUCAAUUCUGAUUUUGCUCCCUCAAAGCCAAAAGAUGCCAAAUAAACAAUAAUGGUGUCUAGUUCUUUUUCCAGAGAGUCAAGUGGUACAAAUGGAUUGGCUUAUGCAGACCCAGAGCCUUUCCAGAAGUUUCUUGAAGGAAAACAGACACUAUCCUGGUAUAAUUAGCCAAAAUGGCAUCCACUGACCCUUUGAAACCCAACCACCUUGUGUGUAACAAAUAUUGGAGUAAACAAUUACCGAAAAUAAGAUUUAGCGAAAUAUUAAUAGAUUGAUGUGUACAUAACAAAAAUAAUGUGAUAAUAGUAGUUUAUUUCUUUAAAGUAAUAGCUCUAGCUUAAUCAAUCACUACUGUUCUGAUCAUAAAUUUAGGUUCAGCUUAUAUCCUGAAUUCAUAUCUUUAAAAGUUUAUUUUAUUCAAGUCCCCUUGUUCUUCUUUCUUUUUCAUAUUUUCUGUUGUUUCUAUCAUGCUUUUAAAGUAUACUGAUUUUUAUGAACUGUUUCCAAUUCAUAACUUGAGAACCACUAGGCCCAGAAUGUUGAAGCUUAGUGGGAUGAUUGGACAUGCCAAGUAGAUGAUCCCUGUUGCAGUCUACCAUCAGUGUCGUUUUGACUUUUGCUCCUGUCCCAUACUCUCCUGUUGUAAAAUACUGCAACAUGUGUUAUUUAUAUAAAUAUCCAAGCCAUUUCAGUAUACUGGAUGUAUAAAUCAGAGUCUGCUUCUUAUUCUUGAGACUUCCCUCCAUUUGUCUGGCUGGGGAAUUAUUUUAAAUUUACAAGAUCUUCUAUACAUUCAGGCAGUCACAGGGCCCACGCUGUCGUUCGCCACUCGAGCCAUUUGGCGAAUCUGCGAUGAAAGUGGCGAAGAAAAAUCGCGAGUGGCGAAAAUGAAAAAAAUGUUCGUAAUUUGGACCGCCAUUUUGUUUCAGACGUUCUAAAUUGUAACCUCCGAGAAAUUAUGUUAAAAAACAGUUGACUGGUUCCGAUAAUUUUAGCUUAUA